UAUACGUAGUAAAUAAAAGCCAGCGAAACCGAGAUGAUAUAACGAUACAAGGAAGAAGACAGCAGCAGACCAAAUUGAGAGAGAUUUUAAAAAUGGUGGCUGAUCAAAAGGGUAAAUCCGAUAUCUCCUUCGCCGGAACCUUCGCCAGCAGCGCUUUUGCUGCUUGCUUCGCUGAGAUAUGUACAAUUCCUUUGGACACUGCUAAAGUUAGGCUCCAGCUUCAGAAGAAAGCUGUUGGUGGAGAUGCGGCAGCCUUACCAAAAUACAGGGGUUUGCUAGGUACAGUUGGUACUAUUGCUAGGGAAGAAGGUUUAGCGGCACUUUGGAAAGGUGUUGUACCUGGAUUACAUCGUCAGUGUCUUUUUGGUGGUUUGAGAAUUGGGAUGUAUGAGCCUGUUAAGAACUUUUAUGUUGGAAAAGACCAUGUUGGAGAUGUUCCUUUGACCAAGAAAAUACUUGCAGCCCUUACAACUGGCGCUCUAGGAAUCACAGUGGCAAAUCCGACCGAUCUUGUGAAAGUUAGACUUCAGGCUGAAGGGAGAUUACCACCUGGUGUACCUAGGCGCUAUUCUGGGGCACUUAAUGCUUACUCCACUAUUGCUAGACAGGAAGGAAUUGCGGCUCUUUGGACUGGACUCAGUCCCAAUAUAGCACGGAAUGCUAUUAUAAAUGCUGCUGAACUUGCUAGCUAUGAUCAAGUAAAGCAGACGAUUUUGAAAAUCCCCGGAUUCACUGAUAAUGUUGUCACUCAUCUCCUUGCUGGUCUUGGGGCAGGAUUGUUUGCUGUCUGUAUUGGUUCUCCGGUUGAUGUGGUGAAGUCAAGAAUGAUGGGAGAUUCAGCUUACAAGAGCACACUGGAUUGUUUCAUCAAAACUUUGAAAAAUGAUGGGCCUUUGGCUUUUUAUAAGGGUUUUAUCCCGAAUUUUGGACGGCUAGGAUCUUGGAACGUGAUCAUGUUUCUUACCUUAGAACAGGCUAAGAAAUUUGUCAGAAAUCUAGAGUCAUCUUGAGCUGAAAAGAGAUGAUCAUCAAUCCCUCAGAGCAUGGAUUUCAAGUGGGACUGUCAAUGAAGUUUCACAGAGAAUAAUAGAAAUUUAUCUAUGCCAGGGGGGGAAUCUUUUGAAAUUUCAUACAAGUUAGAAACUUUCAAAUAAAUUUUAUGUUCAUUUUUUGGGACUGGUGUUAUCAUUUGUUGUCCCAUUGAUGUAUUGAAAAUUGCUAAUCACAAUUUAAUUCCUUGGUUACCAAAAGAUGAAAUAAAACUCAAAUUAUCUUGGCAUGAA